UUUCUCAUUUCUGAACUAACUAAAACUCGAAAGUGUAUUGUGUUUAUAGGCUUAUAGCCACCUUGGCGUAAGCCCCGAAUCGAGUACGAGCGACCCCCAUGGACGACUAUGAUAAUUUCAGUAGCUUCUAUUCGCUAUUUGAUAAUUCUGCUCUCUUCAAACAGAUUGAGCAGCUUCACCAACCUGAUGCUGAUCAUAUUUACACCAUACCUCUGUAUAAUCUUAUUGGGAAUAUGCUCCGGCUCAGUAAUGCUUCCUAUACUGUAACACCGGUUUUAGAGGAUUAUCCGGAGGACCGAGUUUUUGACGACAUUAAUCGUUUAUCUCCAUUCAUAAUUGAAAGGAUUUCUGCUGAGAUUCAGUUAAAUAGCGAGGUCAGUAACAGCAGCGUACACGAUACAACCCUCAAAGUGUUGAAGAUUUUGCAUAACUUUUCUUGGGAUGUCAAGGUGGUGAUCGCAGUCGCAGCAGCUGCUUUGAUUUGUGGAUCCUCAUGGCUCCGCGAUCAACUUAAAGAUUCAAACUCCCUUGCAAUUGCACUGACACAAUUCAGGGAACAGCUAAGGGUGGAUGAAGGCGCUGACAAAAACCAGUUUGAUGCUAAUGUUAAAUUAUUAACCGAAGCAUUAGAAGCCACCAAGUGCAUUCUUGAUUUUGGAGAGCUAGCAAAUAUAACUAAUAUCCAAGAUCCUGAUGCCGAGAAAGAGGUCAAGGAUGUAAUGAGGGAUUUUCCUAUAGCUGCUUAUUUGGUAAUAAGAAGUGCGGUUCUUGCUGUAGCACAUACGGCAAACAUGUCAUAUGAUUUAAUAUCAGCCACAGCUCAAUUGAAAAAGCUUGAAGAGAUCAGCUUUAUGCUCAAGACAGGAAAUUCUAAAUUGGAAAAGCUUAGAAAGGACGCAAAGCUAAUUGAAGAAUAUAAUGAGAUCAAGAAAAUCAUCAAAAUGUCGCAUUUGGACAACAUGAAAAUCCUCAAGACCUUGAUCGAUAAAAUAAAUGAUCGUCCACUAUAUGACGGUCGCGUAGAAAAACCUGAUGAAACGAAAAUGGAUUGUGCUCGAAGCUUCAGUCUGGAAUUCCGGGAUGUAGAGAUUUUGAGGGGUAAAACUGUGCUAUUACUCCUAUCCCGCCUUGAUAUCACUCCUGCAGAGCUGCGCAUUCUCAAGGAAAGUUACGGAGAAUCGAAAGCCCUCGAAUAUGAGAUUGUCUGGAUCCCUGUCGUUGGCACACAAAACCCAGAUGAAUGGGAUAUUAUGAAUCAGAAGUUUCGAAAAUUAAGAGACUCAAUGCCCUGGUACUCUAUUCAUGAUUUUACAGUGACCGGAGAUGCACUCAUCAAGUUCUUUAAAGAUGAUUGAAACUUUCAUGGUAAGCCUAUGGUUGUAGUGCUAGAUCCUCGGGGAAAAAUUGUGAACUCAAAUGCUAUCCAUAUGAUGUGGAUCUGGAAAAAUCAAGCUUUCCCGUUUAAUUGCGCAAGGGAGGAGGUGCUUUGGGAGCAGGAAACAUGGAGUCUUGAACUGCUUGUUGAUGCUAUUGAUCAAAAUAUUCUGCAAUGGAUCAGAGAAGAAAAGUACAUUCUCUUGUAUGGAGGCGACGACCUGGAAUGGAUCAGACAAUUCACUAAUGAGGCACGAGCUGUAGCGCGAACCCUGCGAAUUCCUCUUGAAAUGGUCUAUGUUGGCGGGAGCCAUAACAAGGAGAACGUGCAGAGGAUUUGUGAUUCUAUAAUAAUGGAGCAGCUGAGCCACUGCUGGCAAGAACAGGACUCUGUUUGGUAUUUCUGGACAAGAAUCGAGAGCAUGAUCUACUCAAAAAUCCAACUAGGUAACCUUUAUGACCAUGCUGAUACCAUAUGGCAAGAGAUACAAAAGCUCCAUAGUCAUGACAAAUCACACAGCGGAUGGGUAGUGCUAGCCAAAGGCUCGAGAAUUGUUGUCCACGGCCAAAAUAAGGUGGCCAUGAAUACCCUUCAAGAGUUGGAGGAGUGGAAGAAACUAGCUAUAACAGACGGAUUUGAUGUGGGGUUCGGAAAUCAUUACAUGAAGCUUCAUAUGGAGGAAUAUCCAUGUCAUAGGAUUCAGUUUCCCUCUGGUAUGAGAAUUCCAAGAAGUAUGCCAUGCCCUGAUUGUUCUCGCCCUAUGCAUAUAAAUAAAUCUUUCCUCUGCUGCCAUGAAGAUCACAUUGCUGAAGCUGCCGAUGUUCUCGCUGCUGCAACUGAUCAGGUUGAUCAAUAUGAGGCCUAAAUAUAUAAAAUAUUUAAGGGAUUUUUAACUUUUCUUAAAUUUAUAUACUACGUGUGAGCAUUACUAUAAUAAAUCCCUUAGAGGAGAUGUGAUACAUUUGCAUUGAUAUAUAUAUAUAUCAUGUUAUUGCAAGUGGGUUAGUUCAAUC